AUGACGGGACUUUUGGCUAGUUUCGCGUACUUGAGCGCUGUUAGGUUCAAUUCAGAUGUUUUCGUUGUUGAUGUCAGAACUCCAGUAGAGGUCAGUGCUGGCUACAUCGAAUCCGCGUGGGGAGCAAAUGUCCCUUUAUCCGUAAUUUGGCGAAGCUUUAAACUCCCUGCUGAUGAGUUCGAAUCACGAUUUGGAGCUAGAAAGCCCUCCCUCUCAGAUGAAAUAAUUGUCACUUGUCGAUCAGGAGGAAGAAGCACCGUCGCGCAAAAGAUUCUCGAGGAACUCGGAUACACGAAUGUUUUGAACUUCAAGACGGAAGACGGCAAAAACGGCGGGUACAAUUACUGGCUGGCCGAAAGCGCAGCCGCCAAAGCUCACAGCGAUUGGCAGGCAAAUCCAGAAGUUGCGACGAUUUCCGGAAACUAA